GCUCAGUCCCUCCCUGCGAGGCGCCAGACCGGCCAGGCUGCCCCGCCCCAGGCGCGUUGCUGGGCCUGGGGCGUUUCCGGGGGUUAGGGGCCUGGUAGCUGGCGGUGACGUGCGAAGCCCGGAGCAUCCCCGAUGCUCGUUGCUCCCGCUGGGGCCGGGCGACUUGCCCCCCGUUGCAGCUUCCCACAGAUUCCUGGGACUGAGAAGAGAGCCGGAGAGAUGACUGGGUGGGAUCCUAAGUUUUGGUGCUGCCGCCAAGCCCUGCUCCGACCAGUCGUGGCUAUCCUGAUGUCAGUCGCUUUCCUUCACGUAGCUGUGGCCAGCACUCAGCACUAUCGUGGAGAAGCCUGGAGAGAGGCGACUGUCCAUGCUGACUUCCUGUCCCAGCUGGCUCAGGGCAUGAGGGAGACCCUGGAGGAGUGGAUUGGCCGGGACACACUUCAGCUAGUGACAGAGAACGUCUCUACCGUGUUCUGGAUUGUGUCCUCUGGCAUCUCGGCAGGUCUGAUCACCCUGUCCGGAAUCGCAGGGCAGAUCCUAAGCGCAUUUGGAGUGAAUGGAGAUCACGUGGUGCAGCCCCUUAAGCUGGGCCCUGCCCAGGUACAGACCCUGCUGCUGUGGGGCCUGGCCGCUGUGGUGGGCUAUUGGCUGCUCUCGCAGCUGCUGGGCCUGUUGCUGUCCAUCCUGGGACAUGUCAUGUGGGGGCUGAAGGUGGCGUUCUUCCUGGGCUGCUUCCUGCUGAUCAUCUUGGCGGUGCCCAAUCCCUCGGUGCAGGCCUUGCUGCUGCUGUGCCUGCUCACCCUGUAUGCCCUGCUGGGGAGGCUGAGUGGGGCACGCCACUCCGGGAGCCAACUGGAGGCCAAGGUGCGCAACUUGGAGUGGCAGGUGGAGGAGCUGCGGCGCCGGCAGAGACGGGUAUCUCCCAGGAACCUGGAGCAGGAUGAGUGAGGAGUGGGAGGUGGCCCCUCCCAGCACACAACGGACUCUCACACCACAAUUCACUGCUAUCCUGGCCCUCUGCACAUGCUCAUGGGGGCCUCUCCACCCUUGGGUACUCACAGCCCCUCCCCUCUGUGCACACUCACAGGCCCCACCCACCCCAUGGCUCUUCUCAGGCCUCUCCCCAUUGUACAAACUGACAUGCUACUCGCAGGCCCCACUCCCAUUUCCCAGGGCACUUGCAGGCUGUCCCCACACCCACCCCAGGGACAAGUGAAGCCCAAAGGGCGCUCUCUUGAGUGGAGGAAUGAACCCGUGGGGGAUGGUGUGAUUUUCCCCAGCCUGCCCUGGUCUUAUGGGCGAAGGAUGGGAGGUGCUCCCUCAGCUGCCUGCCCCCAGCACUGCCAUCUCCCAUAGAUUUGCUGCCAUGGGGCUCAUCAUGCUAGGGCUUAAACGGGCUGCUUUGAUGUUGGUGAAGUCUGGGACCAAGCUGAGGUUUGGUCUCGAGUGCUAAGAUGCUGAAUUCCGCCCCUUGUUAUUUUCCUGCUGUCUCCCUCUUGUCCACUUCCCAUGCUGCCCUACAGCUGCCACCGGGGCUCCUGGCCUUUCCCUCCACCCUCUACCUUUGCCUGAUCCUUCGCCCAUCCCUCACCUAGCGCUGGACCAGUCUUGCUAAGAAGACCGGGUCCUAAGGGCUUGAUGCACAGAGGUGCUGAGCUCUUGCCGCUCCCAUUGACUUCAGCUGGAGUUGGGGGUUGCUCAAUGCCUCUAGAAAUCAGAUGCUGGAUAGAUAAACUGGGAGCAGGGGCAUUGUAUCCCAUUUCAGGAGGGGGCAAUAUACCCCCGGGGGAUCUCUGAUCAGGGCAGGUGUGUACAGGGGAAGGGUUUCCCCAAGUGCCUUCGUCCAAGCCAAUGGUGCCUUCUUAUGCUAAGAGUGGAUGGUGUUUUUUGGGAGGUGGGAGGGGAAACUGGGGUGGGAAGAUGUUUACAGGUCUUUUUUAAGAACCCCCCAACACCAUCCAAGUCAAAGACACAAAGCACAUGGGAGCGGGCACAGGGAAGUUCCUCCUCCGUUUGUCACAGCUAGGGUGGGAGUUGUCUCUUGGUGCCACCUCAAGCAUGGCAGGUAGCCUUCGUGUUAAUCUGCCCCGGGAUCGUGGCAGAGCGGGCCAUGAUUGAUCAGAAAGGAGAGAUACGUAGCAACUCCUAUUCCUCCUCCAACGUGCCCCUAGGGAACGUCAACACUUGGAGCAAGGGGUGUGAGUCCCAGCUCGUGCAGAUACUUGUGCUAGCUCUCACUCCGCUAGCGUGCUGAAAACAGUAGUGUAGACAGCCUGGCCGAGUACAAACCCUCCUGAACCCCGUGGGUGCAGACUCGGUACGGCUAUCGCCUUCCACCACUCUCUGCAGCUCAUGCUACCCAGCUAUGCUGCUAUUUUUACUGUGCUAGCUCCAUGAGCGCUAGAGCAAGCAUCUCUGAGUGCGGGGAUUCACAGCCCCAUCCUGUCGUGACCACGACAAGCUCAGCUGUUCUCUCCCCCGCCUCGCCAGCUAGGGGCUGGAGAGGAGGCCAGUGGGGCCGGGCUUGAACUGGGCAUAUGUUGUCGACAGGAGGUUGCCAAUCUAUGUUUUGAAAGUUCUGUCUAUUUUAAACGAACAGGCCAUUUUGUUACCAGGUUCCAAAUAAAAUCUAUUUAACCACA